CCCCUCCUGCUGCAUCUCCACGCUUCGCCUCUCCUUCCUCUGCCACUCCUGAUCGCCCCCUUAAUUCAGUACCAACUCUCUCCCACCCUUCUUUCCCCUUCCUCCUUCCCGCGCACACGUUCCUUCUGUCCUUCUUCCUCACCUGUACCCCGCCCCCCGCACUUUCCCUCCUCCCUCUUACCUUUCCUCAUUCCCCGGGUCCCUUUCUCUCCACCCACUCUAGCUCACCUCUCCGCCUCACCUCCCUCCAGCCCGCCCCUGUCCCCAUCUGGCCCCGCCCAGACUAGGCCCCGCCCCUUCGGGUCACGGGGUCGACGGACGCUCAGCGGCCGCCUUGGCCCCUCCAGUCACGUGAUCACGUGACGCGCUCCAACAUGGCGGCGCCGUGGGGCCGGGGCGUCUCUUCCUGACUGGGCGGCGCGCACGGACGCGGCCCGUGCCGGCCGGGAGGCAGGGCCCACGGUCUCUGUCGCCCGCUAGCUCGCGCCGCCAGCCCGCGGGGCUGCCAGCCCCUGCCGGGCCGGGGCCAUGCAGGAGAGCCAGACCAAGAGCAUGUUCGUGUCCCGGGCGCUGGAGAAGAUUCUAGCCGACAAGGAGGUGAAGCGGCCCCAGCACUCCCAGCUGCGAAGGGCCUGCCAGGUGGCGCUCGAUGAAAUUAAAGCAGAAAUAGAAAAGCAGAGGUUGGGCGCUGUGGCACCACCAAAGGCAAACUUCAUUGAAGCUGACAAAUAUUUCCUUCCGUUUGAGCUCGCCUGCCAGUCCAAGUCCCCCCGGGUGGUCAGCACAUCCCUCGACUGCUUGCAGAAACUCAUAGCAUAUGGACACAUCACAGGCAACGCCCCCGACAGCGGAGCGCCAGGGAAGCGACUGAUCGACAGGAUUGUGGAAACCAUUUGCAAUUGUUUUCAGGGCCCACAGACAGAUGAAGGGGUUCAGUUACAAAUUAUUAAGGCUCUUCUGACUGCAGUGACUUCCCCACACAUUGAAAUUCACGAGGGCACUAUCCUGCAGACAGUGAGGACAUGUUACAAUAUCUACUUGGCCAGCAAAAACCUCAUCAAUCAGACUACCGCCAAGGCCACACUCACUCAGAUGCUGAACGUCAUCUUCACCCGCAUGGAAAACCAAGUGUUGCAGGAGGCCAGAGAAUUGGAAAAGCCAAUCCAGUCAAAACCCCAGUCCCCUGUGAUUCAAACUGCAGCAGUGUCUUCAAAGUUCAGUCGUUUGAAACAGAGCCAGGCACAGAGCAAACCAACAACUCCAGAAAAAACAGAUCUACCCAAUGGUGAACAUGCCAGCAGCGAUCCUGGGAAAGUGAGCUCAGAAAAUGGAGAUGUACCCAGAGAAAGAGGCCCAUCACUCUCAGGGUCUGAUGAUGGCGCCCAGGAAGUGGUGAAGGACAUUCUAGAAGAUGUGGUCACAUCUGCUGUUAAAGAAGCAGCAGGAAAGCAUGGUUUGACAGAACCUAACAGGCUCCUAGGUGGACUAGAGUACCAAGAAUGUGCUGUUCCCCCAGGAGUUGAUGAAAACUCACAGACCAAUGGCAUAGCGGAUGAUAGGCAGUCCUUGUCCUCCGCAGAUAAUCUGGAAUCUGAUGCUCAAGGACAUCAAGUGGCCGCUAGAUUCUCCCACAUUCUACAGAAGGAUGCCUUCCUGGUGUUUCGCUCCCUGUGCAAGCUGUCCAUGAAGCCCCUUGGGGAAGGUCCCCCAGAUCCAAAAUCCCAUGAGCUGCGUUCCAAGGUGGUCUCCCUGCAGUUGCUCCUCUCCGUGUUACAGAAUGCGGGCCCAGUCUUCAGGACUCAUGAGAUGUUCAUCAAUGCAAUCAAGCAAUAUCUCUGUGUGGCCUUGUCCAAAAACGGCGUCUCUUCAGUGCCUGAUGUCUUUGAGCUCUCUCUUGCUAUUUUCCUUACUCUUCUUUCAAACUUUAAAAUGCACUUGAAAAUGCAGAUAGAGGUCUUUUUCAAAGAGAUUUUCCUGAACAUUUUAGAAACAUCCACAAGUUCUUUUGAGCACAGGUGGAUGGUCAUUCAGACGCUGACGAGGAUCUGUGCCGAUGCCCAGUGUGUUGUGGAUAUUUAUGUCAAUUACGACUGUGAUUUAAAUGCUGCUAACAUUUUCGAGCGCCUAGUAAAUGAUUUAUCCAAAAUCGCUCAGGGAAGAAGUGGACAUGAGCUGGGAAUGACACCCCUGCAGGAGCUCAGUCUGAGGAAGAAAGGCCUGGAGUGCCUCGUGUCCAUUCUCAAGUGCAUGGUGGAAUGGAGCAAGGACCUGUAUGUGAAUCCGAACCACCAGACCAGCCUCGGUCAGGAGAGGCUCAUGGAUCAGGAAAUGGGGGAUGGGAAAGGCCUUGACAUGGCACGACGGAGCAGCGUGACGUCCAUGGAGUCAACAGUGUCCUCGGGGACCCAGACAGCCAUUCAGGACGAUCCGGAGCAGUUUGAGGUCAUCAAACAGCAGAAGGAGAUCAUCGAGCAUGGCAUUGAGCUCUUCAAUAAGAAACCCAAGCGGGGGAUCCAGUUUCUCCAGGAGCAGGGCAUGCUGGGAACAUCAGUUGAAGACAUCGCACAGUUCCUGCACCAGGAGGAGCGCCUGGAUUCUACCCAGGUAGGCGAUUUCCUGGGAGACAGCACGAGGUUCAACAAGGAGGUGAUGUAUGCCUAUGUGGACCAACUGGACUUCUGUGAAAAGGAAUUUGUGUCAGCCCUGCGAGCAUUCCUGGAAGGUUUCCGCCUCCCCGGGGAAGCCCAGAAGAUUGACCGUUUAAUGGAGAAGUUUGCCGCAAGAUACAUAGAGUGCAACCAAGGGCAAACUCUGUUUGCUAGUGCUGACACUGCAUAUGUCCUGGCAUAUUCCAUCAUUAUGCUCACUACAGACUUGCACAGUCCUCAGGUAAAAAAUAAAAUGACAAAAGAGCAGUAUAUUAAAAUGAAUCGGGGAAUCAAUGAUAGUAAAGAUCUACCAGAGGAAUAUCUCUCCAGCAUCUACGAAGAGAUAGAAGGCAAGAAGAUUGCAAUGAAAGAAACAAAAGAGCAUACGAUUGCCACCAAAUCUACUAAGCAGAGUGUGGCUAGUGAAAAGCAGCGGCGGCUACUGUACAAUUUGGAGAUGGAGCAGAUGGCUAAAACAGCCAAAGCGCUGAUGGAGGCUGUGAGCCAUGCCAAAGCACCCUUUACGAGCGCCACUCACUUGGACCACGUCCGGCCAAUGUUCAAAUUGGUGUGGACACCACUGCUGGCAGCCUAUAGCAUCGGACUGCAGAACUGUGAUGACACUGAAGUGGCGUCCCUGUGUUUGGAAGGCAUCCGAUGUGCCAUCCGAAUCGCCUGCAUCUUUGGAAUGCAGCUGGAACGAGAUGCCUAUGUUCAGGCCCUUGCUCGCUUCUCCCUCCUGACAGCCAGCUCCAGUAUCACGGAAAUGAAGCAGAAGAACAUUGAUACCAUAAAGACGCUUAUUACUGUGGCUCACACCGAUGGCAACUAUCUUGGGAACUCCUGGCACGAGAUCUUGAAAUGCAUCAGCCAGCUGGAACUCGCUCAGUUGAUAGGAACUGGGGUGAAGACGCGCUACCUAUCUGGGUCUGGCCGUGAAAGGGAAGGGAGCCUGAAGGGUUACACACUGGCAGGAGAAGAGUUCAUGGGCCUGGGCCUCGGUAAUUUGGUGAGUGGUGGAGUGGACAAAAGGCAGAUUGCCAGCUUCCAGGAGUCAGUGGGUGAGACCAGCUCCCAGAGUGUGGUUGUCGCUGUGGACAGGAUUUUUACUGGCUCUACCAGACUGGAUGGAAAUGCAAUAGUUGACUUUGUCCGCUGGCUGUGUGCUGUUUCCAUGGAUGAACUGGCUUCCCCCCACCAUCCUCGCAUGUUCAGCCUGCAGAAGAUCGUAGAAAUAUCAUACUACAACAUGAAUCGGAUCCGAUUGCAGUGGUCCCGAAUAUGGCAUGUGAUUGGAGAUCACUUCAAUAAGGUUGGCUGCAACCCCAAUGAAGACGUGGCUAUCUUUGCUGUAGACUCACUGAGACAGCUGUCCAUGAAGUUUCUCGAGAAGGGUGAAUUAGCCAAUUUCCGUUUCCAGAAAGAUUUUCUGAGGCCUUUUGAGCAUAUUAUGAAGAAAAACAGAUCUCCAACCAUUCGGGAUAUGGUGAUCCGCUGCAUCGCUCAGAUGGUGAAUUCCCAGGCAGCCAACAUCCGCUCAGGCUGGAAGAAUAUCUUUGCUGUGUUCCACCAGGCAGCCUCUGAUCAUGAUGGGAACAUUGUGGAGCUGGCCUUCCAGACCACAGGCCACAUUGUUACAAGUAUCUUCCAGCACCAUUUCCCUGCAGCCAUCGAUUCCUUUCAGGAUGCUGUGAGGUGCUUGUCAGAGUUUGCCUGUAAUGCCGCUUUCCCUGACACCAGUAUGGAGGCCAUCCGGCUCAUCCGCUUCUGUGGGAAAUACGUCUCUGAGAGGCCUCGGGUGCUACAAGAAUACACAAGUGAUGAUAUGAAUGUAGCUCCUGGCGACAGAGUCUGGGUACGAGGCUGGUUCCCCAUCUUAUUUGAGCUCUCUCGCAUCAUUAACAGAUGCAAGUUAGAUGUGCGGACAAGAGGACUCACGGUCAUGUUUGAGAUCAUGAAGAGCUACGGCCACACCUUUGAAAAGCACUGGUGGCAGGACCUGUUCAGAAUCGUGUUUCGGAUUUUUGACAAUAUGAAGCUUCCUGAACAACAGUCAGAGAAGUCUGAGUGGAUGACAACAACCUGCAAUCAUGCACUUUAUGCCAUUUGUGAUGUGUUUACCCAGUUUUAUGAAGCUCUGAAUGAAGUGCUGCUUUCUGACGUAUUUGCACAGUUGCAGUGGUGUGUUAAGCAAGAUAAUGAACAGUUGGCUCGAUCAGGUACAAAUUGCUUAGAAAACUUAGUAAUAUCCAAUGGAGAGAAAUUCAGUCCCGAUGUCUGGGAUGAAACGUGCAACUGUAUGUUGGAUAUUUUCAAAACCACCAUCCCACAUGUUUUGCUGACGUGGAGACCUGUGGGAAUGGAGGAAGAUUUGUCAGAAAAACAUUUGGAUGUGGACCUGGACCGCCAGUCUCUAAGCAGCAUAGAUAAAAAUGCCUCAGAGAGGGGCCAGAGCCAGCUCUCUAACCCGACCGAUGACAGCUGGAAGGGUAGACCAUAUGCAAAUCAGAAACUGUUUGCCAGCCUCCUCAUCAAGUGUGUGGUCCAGUUGGAACUGAUACAAACCAUUGACAACAUUGUGUUCUACCCUGCCACAAGCAAAAAGGAAGAUGCAGAACACAUGGUUGCUGCCCAGCAAGACACACUGGACGCAGAUAUCCACAUCGAGACGGAGGACCAAGGCAUGUAUAAAUACAUGUCUUCGCAGCACCUCUUCAAGCUGCUGGACUGCCUGCAGGAAUCUCAUUCGUUCUCAAAGGCCUUCAACUCUAAUUAUGAGCAGCGAACCGUCCUGUGGCGGGCAGGUUUUAAGGGCAAGUCUAAACCCAACCUUCUCAAACAAGAAACCAGCAGCCUGGCCUGCUGUUUGAGGAUCCUGUUUCGAAUGUAUGUUGAUGAGAAUCGCAGGGAUUCCUGGGAUGAAAUACAGCAGCGACUUUUAACUGUGUGCAGUGAAGCUCUUGCCUAUUUCAUCACAGUGAAUUCUGAAAGCCAUCGGGAGGCCUGGACAAGUCUCCUGUUGUUACUUUUAACCAAAACCCUCAAAAUAAAUGAUGAAAAGUUCAAAGCGCACGCCUCAAUGUACUACCCCUACUUGUGUGAAAUUAUGCAGUUCGACCUGAUCCCUGAGCUCCGAGCAGUUCUGCGGAAGUUCUUCUUACGGAUAGGUGUUGUGUAUAAGAUAUGGAUUCCAGAAGAGCCAGCGCAGGUACCAGCAACACUGUCACCGGUGUAGUAGCCCUGAAGGCCACUGCUGCAGCUCCGCAGAACAUUCACCAUGCCAUUUCUGACUGCCCUGUCUCUUGAAGGGUCACACAGAAGCAAAGAGCUGCCACCUUGGAUCUCAGAAUGUCCUAGAUAAGGUCAGCCUUUGUGCUGGCCCCAUGAAAGGUCCCAAUGACUAAGGCUUGUGGUAUUUUAUUAAACUGUUGCAUACCCAGUUAAUAUAGUAGGUGGGGAAUGUUUCACCUGUCAUUCCAUUUUAUUGAUUAAACUGUCCAUUCUGUCAUUGCAAAUGCCAUCAUUUCCUAGCAAGUCUCGUGACUGGCUGUAAAUGUUUUGUCAGAGGAAGUUACUCUCCUUGAAAAUACUGAACAUAGCUGUAUAAGUUCAUGAUUAUUAGAGAGUAUGUUAAUAAAAUUUCUUGUUGACGGCUGCCACCUAAAA